ACAACACAAUAAAAUAUGGCCGACGCUGUGUAGUGUAGUAAAGAAUAGAGAAGUUCUUCGAAAUGGAAUAAAAUUAAUUUUGAUGUAAUGUUUUUAAGAAAAUAAACAAUCUGGCGAAAUUUUAGUGUUUAUUUCGCCGUUUCGUAUGGUUCUUUUGUUGAAGUGUGAAUUGUGUGUGUUCUGCGGUUCGAAUAAAUCCAAUAAAUUGUGCCAUUCUCCACCUACAUGAAAAAAACUGAACUCUAAAGUGAAAUAAGAUUUUUUGCUGUGAAAAAUAAAGUGGUUUUAGAAUUCAGUUUUAGUGCAUUAUCUUUACACAAAAAACAUGUUUCGGUUCAAUCAAAUAUUAUAGUGGCCAGAUGUGAAGAAAUAGCUACCAUAUCAAUGAAAUAAAAAGUUUUGUUUCGUUUAUAUUAGUAGACGCGAUGACACAUUUGAUGACAGAUAAGUAAAUGCAAGAAGCAUAUUGUGUUGUUUCGUUGUAUAUCACUGGUUCGUUUAAAGUAAAGAAUUUCGAAGAAUUGAAAAUUUGUAAUUUGUUUGCUUUAUGAGUGUCUCACUUUGUCGUAAAUGUUACAUUUAACAUUGAAUCAACAAAGGAAUUCGUGUUUACUUCCGGACUGUUCAGCGAAAAUCUUAAAGAUAUGUGUGUGGACUAAAGUUAUACUAAUUGAACAUCAGUUGCAUUAUAGGUGUAUUGACUGCAUUGACUGUGUAAACACCAAAAAAUAAAAUGAUACCUUUCCAAUAACAAAGCGCGUUAAACCACAAAAUCGUUCAUUUUUUUUUAAACGAAAGUCAAUUCGUGUUAACAAAGUGAAUUUAUACGAAAGAUCAACAACUCGUGAUUAGUAGACAAAUAAAAAUGAAAUCCACGUCAUAAAUAAAAAAAAGUAAAAAAGUCAACACACAAGCAAGAACAGAGAUUUUAAUCAAACAACAAACAGUGCCAUACAAAUAACUUUAUUAUAUAAAAUUUAUAAACAAAAUUGUAUCAAAAACCCUUGGAAAUUUUACACCCAACGGACUUUGAUCAUGAAUGCUGUUCAUCUGUGACUUUAACGAAAACAGCGGAUUAAUGGGAAUACGUUUAAGUGUAGGAUUAUAUUAAUCAAAUUGUAGGCAGGCAGUACAUACCGUAUACUGAACAUUAUUUAGUAAAUUCCUGUUUUUACUCUACAUGAAUCAAAAGAAGCAGUCAACAAAAUGAGAAAACUUGCUGUGAAUACUGGCAUGUCCCGGCCUCCUAAACCGAUAUCACAAGCUAAACGAGUAGCUCCUCCAGCUGUGCCUGACGUUUAUCGUCAUUCAGGCAGUUCGUUCGGAUCAGCUGGCUAUGGUUCUUCAGAAGAUGCUGGAGGAUUUCUUACCGUUCCUGAUGCAACAAGUAUUAUAGGAAUUAGAGAUGAUCACAGUGACUACGGCAGUACAUUUUCCAAGAGUCCUGGUGUGCUGAGCAACUAUGUGGCACCGAAUGCGUUUACAUUUCCCACGGCUCGAGAACCACUAACACACAAAGCUGCCGUUUACUAUCAUCAACAACUGGCGUUGCAAGAAGACCAAGGCAUUGAUUUAACUCAAUCUCCCGGUCGAGAUAGUCCUGGCAGCUCUUCGGGCUCGGCUGGAUCUGGAUCACGCCAUUCGACAGCCAGUUUAGAUUCCGGUCGUGCAUCAUCAUAUCAUACGCAAACAUCGUCGUCGACUAGAGGUGCACUGUCUUCGCCAAGAUGCAGUGUCAGUUCGUGUUCCAUUGGAAGUGUGGAUCGUAUGACUUCAAGAACGGAUCAUGAAAUCAUUACCGAUUGGUUGAGAGAGCUCAACUACGAAGAUUAUGCUCAACUGUUUUCGGAUGCCGGCUACGAUAUGCCGACCAUAAGUCGAAUGACACCGGAGGAUCUAACAGCUAUAGGUAUCAAGAAGCCACAUCAUCGUGAAAAAAUCAAGCAACACAUUGAUGCUCUACAGUUACCCGAUAAUCUACCGAAUAAUGUGCCUGGUUCAAUUGAGGAAUGGUUGCGACUGCUACGACUGGAAGAAUAUGUGCAACCGCUUUUUGCGCAAGGCUACGCAACUGUACGUGAUGUGACCCAGUUGCCAUGGGAAGAUAUGGAGGACAUUGGUAUUGUUAAACUAGGCCAUCAAAAGAAAUUAUUGCUUGCCAUAAAACGUGUUAAGGAUAUUAUGAGUGGUAAAUGGGUUUUGCCGGGAUUGACUCCGAUGCUAUGUGGCAGUCAGUCAUCAACACACGGAUCAAUGCAAUCACAACCACAUGCAUCCGCCUGGUCAUGUCCAUCCACUUUGCCGUUACAAUCCCCAUACACUAGUCAUUCUGCCGACGAUUAUCAACUGUAUCAGAAUGCAUGUUAUGAACAACAACUUUAUCAGCAGCACGCCCAACAGAUGGUACAAUGGGAACAACAAAAUAUGAUGUCACAAAGUCCGUACAAUGCCAAUGAAAUGGAAAAUGAUAUCGUCUUGAUCAAGCUUCGCCAGCCUCGGGGCAAAUCUUUGGAAUCAUUGGAAGAUCCAGCCGAACGUGUUAACAGUGGCCAUUUAACGUUCAUACGACCGACUGAAGCUCCGUAUUUCUGUCAUCAAGGUGUUAACAUUUUGCCAAACAUGAUGCACCAACAGUAUCCACAAACAAUUCAACAAAUGCCAUGGCGUAGAUCUUACGAUGAUGGAGAUAUAACUCCGACAAAUGAAAUUGCUCUAAGCAGUUGCGAUCAACAGGGUGGCACACUUCCACGCCAUCAUCGUAGCAACGUGCCGCGUCAACAGCGAUCGACUGGAAUCAAUAGUUUUGGAGGAUUAACUUCACAACAGCAGCAAGCAAUGUUGGCUGGUGAUUAUACAAACGAAAAUGCGAUGAUGUGUCCAACAAAGUGCUAUGGUUCUCAUUGUGCUACCCGUUCCCCUGGUAUGCUAAUGUCUAAUCGAAAACAACCACCAGAACCGCCCCGAAGGCAGUGUUCCGUAGUUGAUCAAGCAACUAGCCAUUUAGAAAAUUUGUCGUUGAAUCAAUUGAAUCAUUCAGCGUAUCCGUUGCCACACCAUCAUUUACAAAUGCAUCAGAAACCGCAGCCACAUCAUUUCAUCAACGCGAACAAUAUACACCAUUCCGUGCAGCCACAGCCUUUGUAUGCAAAUUAUGCGGGCCAGACUCAUCAGACCACAGUGGAAAUUCAUGCAGAAAAACCGCAAGAUUUCAAAUCAAACACAAGUAUUGACUCGAUCGACGCAAUACCAUUCGCAAACGACAAUGCUGGCACGAUAAAGCAACGUGUUCUCAAUCGUAGUGAAAUGCAAUCGUCUAUGUCUUCAUCGUCCUCGUCGUCGUCGUUGGCAACAACAGUCGCGAAUAUAAGUCAAUCGCUGCAUAAAACCACCAACGGAGCUGGUACGACAACCACACCGUCGCCCACAUUGUCGUCGGUAAGUGUUAGUGGAAGUGAUGGACAAAAGAUCUCGAACACCAUCGAUUCAAAUGUGCUCAAUGACAUUGGUAAUAUGUUGGCAAAUUUAACCGAUGAACUGGACGCAAUGCUGGAGGAGGAGAAACGUGCAGGUCUUAACGACAGUGAGUAGUAUGAUAGAUGGUAAAUUUAGCGUCAUAGAUAUGUGUAUAUGAUUUUAACAAUCGGUUCAAGCAUUUUGGUUGCCUAUAGGAUAUUAUGUGUCAGUUUUGACAGGAAAAAAGUCAAAAAAGACGAAGCAAUUCGGCUAUGAGUUUCCAUGCAAGGUACACACAAUGUCGCAAGAAAGACAUUUUUUACGCGAAUACCGGGCGUAGUAUGACUACGCGAUUACGGUGACUUUAUCUUUAAAUUGGUCGAAGAAACUAGGUCUUUACAAGAUUUUUAUUAAUUUUGAAAUUUUUCGCUGUUUGAGGUUUUCUCAAAUUCUACUCGUUCCGGCUUACUUAACGGAAUACAUGAAAUUCUUGAUGACACUUCGAAACGAGUCAGAGAUAUCAUUUUCCUGUGCUCGACCAUCCCUUCAGAGAUGGCUUGUCAUCUGUCGAGCCCUUUGAAGUGGUUCUUUUCACAUGUUUUGAAACUAUAUAUCAGACAGGUCAUCUGUUGUUCACAACGACAGCUAAAAUAAACGCGUUACUCUAAUUAGCAACUUCUUAUCUGAUAAAAUGUUUUCUGAAACAAACGAAGUAAAAGAUUUUGUCGCAAAUGCAACGUUACUUUAAUGAAAGGAAGUAGUAGAUUUAGUGACAAUAUUGCGAUGUCUGCUGUUUCGGUAGAUUAUAUCGAAAUUAGCGAGAUUUCGUUUAAAAGUGUACACGUGUACCUUUCAUAGCCCAAUUGUUUCGAUUGAAUAAUUCAGUGCAAUGAAGAAAUAGUUUUUUUUGCUAAAAAAAAUAUUGAAACAAAUCGUACUAUUAAUAAUAACAGAACUUACAUAAUCGUAUCCUUUUUCCGCCCAGAUUGAUAUACAUUUAUACAUUGUACUCAAACCUCAAACAUUGAUAAAAAAUAAGACUUAAAAACAAAAACAACAAAAGGAAAUUUUGACAUAUGCGUAGCCGUAAUAAAAUAAAAUAAAAAGAAACAAAAAACUGCAAGAAAAAUUACUUAAUAAUAUCCAUUUAACCGUUUUUUGGACUUACAGGGAAAAAUAUCAAAUUUAAUUGAAGCCGAAUAAUCGAAUCGACAUUCAGACGAAUUAGAAAAUGACAGAAAUUCAUUGUUUACACAUUUUACCAUAUUGGUACAGUUCGUUUCGAAUUCGAAAUGUUAUUCCUUCCAAUGAAAGUAUAAACCAGGUAUGGUCUGUUCAUACAAACCGGAGGAC